UUCUUAAAUUGUCUUAUUUUUUCUUUCCAUCCUGUGUCAGAUGUUGUACGGUGUUCUUGACACUGGAAACUUCUUCGUCAUUUCUGGAUCACCAAUAGAUGUUUGGGCUGCGGAAAGCUACAGAAAAACCUACUCGAAGAAUCAGUUGAGGAAGAGCAAUGAGUUUAGUGAAGAUGAUAUGCUGGUUGUAGUUGUGGGAAGUUCUUUUUUCUACGAUGAGCUUUCAUGGGACUAUGCUGUGGCAAUGCAUUCUAUAGGACCGCUGCUAAUAAAAUAUGCAAGGAAGGAUGAUGCAGGAAGGUUGUUCAAAUUUGUUUUCUUAUGUGGUAAUUCCUCUGAUGGAUAUGCUGAUGCUUUCCAGGAAGCUGCUUCACAUGUGGGACUUCUUCAUGGAUCUGUGCGGCAUUAUGGCUUGAAUGGUGAUGUCAACGGUGUGCUAUUAAUGGCUGACAUUAUUCUCUACGGUUCUACACAAGAUGUACAAGGUUUUCCGCCAUUGCUUAUCCAUGCCAUGACCUUUGGGAUCCCAGUUAUUGCGCCUGAUUUUCGUGUCUUGAAGGAAUAUGUGAGUGAUGGAGUUCACAUGAUAUUGUUCCCAAAGCAUAAUCCUGAUGCUUUAAUGAACGCUUUCUCGCUUAUGAUUUCAAAUGGGAAACUUUCAAAAUUUGCUCGAACGGUUGCUUCUUCUGGAAGACUGCUUGCUAUGAACUUGCUGGCAUCGGAAUGCAUAACCAGUUAUGCAAGGCUUAUGGAGAAUGCGCUAAAUUUUCCGUCAGAUGCUCUGCUGCCGGGGCCAAUCUCUCAGCUUCAACAGGGUACAUGGGAAUGGACUUUGUUUGGGAAUGAAAUAGAUUAUAGAACAGGAAAUAUUCUGAACAUUGACGAGCAGUCAUCCUGGAAUAACACUAGUGUCGUUAAUGCCCUAGAAGAAGACUUGUUGGGUUUUGGUUACUCACCAAACAUCUCUGAUAAUGUAACUUGGGAUUCAUCAUUAGAUAUUCCAACUCAAUUAGAUUGGGAUCUCUUGAAGGAAUUUGAAAGCUCUGAAGUAUAUGAGACGUUAGAAAUGGAGGAGCUAUCAGAAAGAACGGAGAAAGAUCCUGGUUUUUGGGAUGACAUAUAUCGUAAGGCCCGAAAAGCCGAAAAGCUUAGAUUUGAAGCAAAUGAGAGGGAUGAGGGUGAAUUUGAGAGGACAGGCCAGACAAUAUGCAUUUAUGAGAUAUACAGCGGGUCUGGGACCUGGCCAUUCUUGCACCAAGGCUCUCUGUACCGUGGAUUGAGCCUCUCAAAAGGAGCACGGAGGUUAACAUCAGAUGAUGUCGAUUCUGUUGACCGGCUUCCUGUAUUGAAUGAAACUUACUAUCGCAACAUUCUCGGUGAGAUUGGUGGAAUGUUUGCUAUUGCAAACAAGGUGGACAGCGUUCAUCAGUGACCUUGGAUUGGGUUUCAAUCUUGGCGUGCUGCUGGUAGGAAGGUAUUUCUUAUUUUUGGUAGGAAAUUUUAUGCAGAAGCUUUUGUCUAAUGUCAUUAAGUUCCACAACGCAAUGUGGCCAGUGGUCUAAACUGCAAAAAAAUCAACAAAAGUGUGAAACUGUUUAGUCAUCUAAUUGCCAGACUUGUUGUCCAAGCAAAUAGAUGAACACAAGAUUCGGAAGAAACAAAGAAUAAUCGGGAUUAUAAAUUUCUUCUUAACUUGGCUAAUAUUUUGCAAGGAUGACUUUUGUAUUUGCCUACAGACAUACAUACCUAUAUAGAUACAUAAAACUCUGGAUUCCUUGGAAUGGUUUUGGUGUCACAGAAAAUAGAACAAAAGUAUAGUUACAUGGAAACAUAUAUGCUACAAGUAUUGAAACUUGUAUAUAAUGAUUGAUGUAUGUAUUUUCAUAUGCGUGUGUGUAUAUAAAUACUGUCUUUAGAGCACGUUUUGAUACAUAGCAUCGGCUUGGCUUGGACUAAUUGUAGGGAUUGGCUUGGAUUGGUCUGGCUCGGGUUUGGUUGGUUAUAUUUAGGUCCUCAUUUUAAAUGGCCCAAAAUAAGCCCCGCAGAGGGGUCCUGCUUAUCCAGUUGUUAAUUAACCCCAUGUUUGGUCCAGGCUGAGAUUGGUGUUGAAUAGCCCAAUCCAGUCCUAGUUCAAUCAAUCAAACAACUCAUAAGUGCAUGCAGGCAUGCACUGUUCUUUAGUUUGCCAUCAUAUUCAUCAUUGUUUUUCAAGAAGGUUGCUUUGUUCAAGAAAGCUGAAAGAGUUUUGGAAGAACCAAUACAAGACAACACAAAAGGCGAAGUAAUAUACUUCUGGGGACGCUCGAACAUGAAUGGUGGGGUGACGGGAAGUGAAGAUGCACUCACGUUUUGGUCCGUAUGUGACAUCUUGAAUGAGGGACAUUGCAGAACGAGGAUUUUUUUGGUGAGGCAGCCGUAUGCAGCCAGUCUCUCACAAUGGUUGGGACAGUGGGUGCAUAGGGCUGUCCAGUAGAAGAAUUUGUCCUUUUAAACAAUGGAUGUUGUUAUGGCUGGUAUUAUGAGAACAUGAGGUUCCUUGUUGUCAUCCAGUGCCAACGGUACACUUAGAACCAAAUCCACAGAAGAACGAUUCCAGUUGCUUUGCUCUAUGCAAUAAACUUUCGAAACGUUUUUGAAGAUGCAUUUCGCUGGAUGUAUACCUUGCCAUCUAAUACAGAAGCUCUCCCUCCCAUGCCAGAAGAUGGUGGUCACUGGUCUGCCUUGCAUAGUUGGGUGAUGCCAACUCGCUCCUUCCUCGAGUUUAUCAUGUUUUCUCGGUUAUUUGUUGAUUCUCUGGAUGCAUUGCACACCAAUUCUGGCAAUAGAAGUGUGUGUCUCUGUUGGGUUCCUCAGAACUUGAGGUACGUUAUUUAGAUCACGGUUUCUGGUCUCACUUGGAGUUAUACAUUCAUCACUUACAUUUUUAACAAUGUCAACAGAGAAAGCAUUGUUACUGUCGGGUAUUAGAAGUCCUCGUGAAUGUCUGGCCUUAUCAUAGUGGACGAAAGAUGGUUUUAAUAGAUCCAGUUUCUGGUUCACUGGAAGAGCAGCACCCAGUUGAGCUACGGAAAGGAUUUAUGUUGGCCAAGUAUUUUGAUACUACAUUGCUAAAGAGUAUGGAUGAAGAUUUAGCAGAAGCCACAGAUGACGGUGAUCAUCCAAGGGAGAUGUGGUUGUGGCCACUCACCGGGGAAGUGCAUUGGGAAGGAAUUUAUGAGAGGGAGAGGGAAGAGAGAUAUAGACUAAAGAUGGACAAGAAAAGGAAAACAAAGGAAAAAUUACUCGAAAGAAUGAGGCACGGAUACAAACAGAAGACACUUGGAGGAUAGAAAGGAUAUAGUUUAGUUGAAAUUGUCUAGUUUUCGUCACACUCGAAUUGCGAUACAGCUAUUUCCCAACCGUGGAGUGGAAAAAAAGAACUCUCGAGGAUUGAGGACGAGCUUGAUUCUUUCUAACAUCGACAGCGUGGUCCGUAAAGACGAAUUUUGUAGGUAUUUUUCCUCUGACUGAACUGAACUUAGAUAAUCAAAGUGGAUGGAAGACGGUAGCUUUUCCGGCAAUCACAGCUCACUUAGCAUGUGAGGCGUUAACCUUCGCAUUUCAAGUCGCUCAGGGAUAUCAAGUUUCUUAGCAGUACACACGACAUUCGUUGAAAUUCUUUUUCAUAGUUGACAACAUCAUGUAUUCUUUUGGCAAUGUUGAUAGGAAGUUUUGAUCAAAAUAAAGCAGUUGCUGGCA